UUGCCUGGUGCUGGCUGCUGGCCAGCGCAGCGCCAGCGCACCAGUCGAGACAGAGCGGUGGACAGCGACGCGCCGCGCAGCGCCCUCAUUGCAGUAGUGAUUACCGUUUGUUUGUUGGCCAACCCAGGCCGGACGGGCCGAGAAGAGGAGACGUUUAGUGAAGAAGUGUCGACGCCAUGAAUGGUACCCUGUGGUGCGCCAGCUGAUCUGCUCGUUCCACCACCCUACAGUCCGCCAUGGCGGCAGCGCUGCGCCUGUGCUGCGCGUUGCUGCUGCUUCAGGUGCUGCACUCCUGCGCAGCGGUCGCGAUAUACGACCCACAGGACGCCGACGGGGACCUCGACAGUCCGAGAGGCCUCGAGGAUGGCGAUGACGACGGCGCCGGAGUGAUCACAGUUCACGCUGGGAAGAGGAAGCCGGCGUUGGGGUCCCGGGUGCCUCCCCCUCCGCCGCAGCCUCCCUCCAGCAGGGACUCGGGCUGCCCACAGUCCAGGAGGAGGAGGAGCGCGCCGAGGUCGAGCAAGCCGAUGCCCGUCCGGGAGAAGCUCCACGUUAAGAGGAGUGCUGACAGCAACUUCCACUGCCCUGAGUCGUGGAAAGAGCUGAACUUCUCCGAGGUACAGGAGCUGGAGUGCCCCGAGAACGCGACGGGAUGGUACCCGUUCCCCCCGGACUGUCGCAAGUACCUCAACUGCUGGAAGGGCCGCGGGUUCCUGCAGGCGUGCGCGCCCGCCACGCUGUUCCACCCCAUCCGCCGCGAGUGCGACUACCCGGAGAAGGUCAAGUGCCUUCCCAGCUGCCGCUCAGACCACAGGGGAGACGACAACGACAGUGACAGCGACGAGGAGGAUGGCAUCAUGGGUGACCCCGUGGAUUACGUGGACCCCGAGCAUCCGCGACGUCCGAGCCCUCUCAUCGACGUGCGCAGCGCCAGCGGCCCCCUGCGCAGAGUGGCCCCAGGGGCCACAGCGGCGGCGGCGGCGGCGGCGGCGACGACGACGACGACGACGACGACUCCGCGAACCUCAGCCGGACGCGCACGCAGACAGGUGUACAGUGCGCGGCUGGCAGGAGGCGGCGGCGUCCAGUGUCAGAUGGAGGGCGGCACCGGCCUCCAGGCGCACCCUACCGACUGCACCAAAUUCGUCAACUGCUGGCAGGGCAAGCCGCACAUCCAGAGCUGCGCGCCCGGCUCGUUGUUCAGCACCCGCCUAAACGCGUGCGACCACCCGAACAAGGUGACCGAGUGCGUCGGCGGCAAGAGGGUCGCUCCCGGAGCUGCGGCCCCGCCAGCACAGCCCGCGGGCGCGCUGCCUGCCAGCUACACCCAGGCGGGCGGCGGCUACAACCAGUUCGGCAACCAGGGCUACCAGCCCCCGCCUCGGCAGACGUUCCUGACGGCCGCGUCCUACCCGGACCAGGUCCCCGCUGCUAGCUCCUUCAACGGCUACGUGCCCAACCAGGUGUUGCCCCCUCCCGGCGCCGGCGGCAAGGGCAAGAGCCUGCACCCUGAGCUGCAGCCGAGGCCGCCCUCGCAACAGUUCGGCUGGGGCGCCGCCCCGCGCCCUCUGUCGGCCGACCCCAACCUGGACGUGGAGGGCAUCGAGUCCGGAGGUGUGAUAGGGCCGCUGCCCCGCCCACACCCAGGCCACAACGAGGAGUGGCACCGCGACCACGGCGUCCCGAUGCCUGGCAGCGGCGUGCCGCCUGGUCAUAACCCUGCAUACCACCAGCACCACCAUCACCACCACGAGCAGCAGGGCAACCGCUAUACCCCGCAUCCCCCUGGACACCACCACGCAGGUCACAGCCCCCAGCCGGGCAACUACAACCCUCAGCAGGGCAGCUACACCCCAUCUCCGGGCCGGUACACUCCGUCACAGAGUGGCUACAACCCCCAGCCUGGGGAUUACAACCCGCAGCAGGGAGGUUACGGCGGAUAUGACCGGCCGAGCGGAGGAUACACCCCGCAGCCCAGCAGGUACGACCCCCAGCCCCAGGAGGGCGGCUACACACCGCACGCUGGUCACCACCCGCACGCUGGCCACAACGCGCACCCCGGCCACAACCCCCAGUGGCACCACGACCACGGCGUGCCCAUGCCAGGCGGACAGCGUGGAACAGCUUACGCCCCCACCACUACCACCCCGUCUUACGACCCGCCCACCACGACAUGCGCACCGGAGGAGGACGACGACAACGACUUCCGGGAGAACGACUUUGACCUGCGUUCGGCCGGUUCUAGUAAUUGGGUAACCGUCGUGGAACGUACCAAGAACACGAGUAUGCCACAGUCCGGCCAGAUGGUCCGCAUCCGCGGGGGUCCAACACCGCUUGAAGGCUACGUGGAGGUGAUGGGUCCGGGAUCCAAGUGGGGCUCCGUGUGCGACAAGCCCGCCGACUGGACAGUAGAGGAGGCCUCCAUAGUCUGCAGGAUGCUCGGCUACGAGAGAGGCGCCGAGCUGGCUUGGCAGGGUCGUCCCCGCGGCUCCCCGGGAGUCUUGGACGUGCACGUCGAGGAAGUCUACUGCUCCGGACAGGAGCGUUCGCUGAUGAGCUGCUCGAUGAGCGCCGGCGAUGCGGGCGACGGGUGCAACCUGGAGACCCAGGCCGCUGGCCUGCGCUGCUACCCGAACUACGUCGCGCGGUGCCGGCCGGGCGAGGUGCCCUUCAAAGGCUCUUGUUACUCGGUCGUCAUCCCGAGGCAGGACCGCAAGGUCGACGCCAUUGCCUUCUCCCAAGACGAGGCCAUAAAGCACUGCAAGAGCCAAGGUGGCCACCUCCUCGACAUCAACAGCCAGGCAGAGAACGACUUCAUUUCGGAGUGGUUGACAACAGCGCACCCCGCCCUCGGCAGUGUGCUCACCUCUGGUGUCGGAGUGUCCGUCCCGGGCAGAGACGUCUGGGUGUGGGAGGACACCGGGGCCCAAUUCAAGUAUAACCUCUGGUGGCCCGGCCCUCCCAGCAAGGAGUUUGACCCAGCGAGGGCACCCAAGGUCAGCGACCGCCCGCUCUGCAUCCUGCUCAAGAAGGACUUCCCCUGCGACACCUGGCCUGGGGCCGUGACCGGCGGCAGGGGUGCAGGCAGAGGCGGCGGCUACGGCAGUUGGCAGGGUGUGCGCUCCUGCGGCGCCGAGUACUUCUUCUGGCACGGCGAGGACUGCGCCAUCCGGCAGAAGUCGUACCCCUACGUGUGCGAGAGGAAAGCUGACGACGUGGGCUGUCUUGGCCCGAGCGGCACCGAGUACGAGGGCACCGCCAACGUGUCCUGGAACGGGCUUCCUUGCGUCAACUGGGACUCCCCCGCGGCCGUGUCCGCGCUGCGCUACCGCGUGUCCGAGGACGUGCGGCAAAAGUCGCUAUCUGGGCACAACUACUGCCGCACACUGGCCGGCGGCAGCGCUGGUAACCAGGAGCCUUGGUGCUUCGUGGACGCGGGAGCGUCGGGCAUCAAGGCGGAGCGCUGCGAUGUACCGCGAUGCAGAGAGAACACAGCCAUCGGCAGGGCCGCGGUCAUCCACUGCGGCCCCCAGCAGUUCGAGUGCGGCCCCAACGAGUGCAUCCCCAACGUGUGGCAGUGUGACGGCGAGCCGGACUGCAGCAACUCGCUGGACGAGCGCUCCUGCUCCGACUACCUGGUCGAGUUCAAGGCGGUGAAGGGCGCCAAGCUGGAGCAGCAUGACGUGGAGCGCUGGCUGCACCUGGACGCCAACACGUGCGCCCGCCGCUGCCUCGACUCGACCGACUUCGUGUGCAAGUCCUUCAACUACAAGAGCUCCACCAAGGUGUGCCUGCUGAGCAGCGCCAACGUGGGCGAGACGGGGUCGCUGCAGCGCGCCAACCGCACCGCCUGGACGUACUACGAGCGCGAGGCGCUCAGCGACCCCUGCAACGACCCCACGCGCUUCCUCUGCGCUAACGGCAAGUGCGUCAACGCGACGGACCGCUGCAACGGCCGCGACGACUGCGGCGACCGGUCCGACGAGGCCUCGGGCGUCUGCACCCCGGCCACCAUCGGCUACGAGCUGCGCCUCGCCGGCGGCAAGGCGAAGAGCGAAGGCAGGAUCGAGGUCAAAGUGAACGGCAUCUGGGGCGUGGUGUGCGACGACGGCUUCGGCCUCCCCGAGGCGGAUGUGGUGUGCCGAGAGGCCGGCUACCGUGACGGCGCCGUCGAGGUGCUCAGCGGCGGAGUGCUCCCCGCGCCGCACAAGCCCCUCCCCUUCCUGGUGGACGAGCUGCUGUGCAAGGGCAACGAGACGUCCCUCAUGCACUGUGACCAGGCGGGAUGGGGCGUGCACGACUGCCUGCCGGAGGAGAUGGUGGGAGUGCGGUGCGCCACGGCCGCGGGGCUGGAGUGCAGGGCGGCGGACGGCGAGUCCCCGGAGCUGCACGGCGGCUUCGCGUGGGGCGCCAUACUGCAGCUGGCCACCAAGCACUGCCGGCAGUCCAGCAGGGCGUGCCCGGAGAACCAGUGGCAGUGCGAGUCCGGCGAGUGCGUGCCGGCCAAGUUCCUGUGCGACACCGUCGAGGACUGCAAGGACGGCAGCGACGAGCACGCCAAGCGGUGCGCGGGCACCAUGGGCAUGCGGCUGGUGGGCGGAGCCAACAAGACGGAGGGUCGCCUGGAGGUGAAGGUGUACGGCGAGUGGGGCUCGGUCUGCGACGACGACUUCAACGAGGCCGCCGCCAUCACGGUGUGCAGGCAGCUCGGGAUGCCAGGGAGAGCCCGGGUGCUCAAGGAGGCGCACUUCGGCCAGGGCCAAGGACUCAUGUGGCUGGACGACGUGCGCUGCUCUGGCAACGAGACAUCCCUCGAGAAGUGCGCCCACGCGGACUUCGGCGUGACCAACUGCAAGCACGAUGAGGACGUGGGCGUGGCGUGCCUCGGUGGUGACGAGCAGGCUGCCACCCGCGCCCUAGAGGAGCAGGCCGGCGGCGACAAGCAGGUGGACAUCAGCAAGUACCUCCCCUCGGACUGCGGUACGCGCCAGGCGCUGGAGGACGAGUUCGUCCCCGCGGUGCAGCUGGCGAGGGUGGUGUCCGGGCGAGGCACCCCGCGCGGCGCCUACCCCUGGCAGGCCAGCGUGCGCGUCCGCUACGGCCUCAAGUCGGUGCACUGGUGCGGCGCCGUGCUGGUCGGCCCGCUGCACGAUAGAAUUUUGAAAGCAGAUGAGGGAAAAGAGAUUGAAACAAUCUUGUUUGUACUUCUUGAACACUUAAAUGUUGAAUGCAUUGUUAGCGAAGAUAGAGAGUUACAUACAAGAUUGUUUCAUAGAGCAAAUACAUCUAUCACAGCAAAUAGGCAAGAUACAGAAGCAGAAUUGCUAGAAACUGCAAUCUUUGAAAUAAAAAUACUCAUAGCAAUUAUGAAGGAAACAAAUGGUUCAAGGAUAGAAAGAAGGCACAGCUCUAAAUUGGCCUACCAAGUGGAAAAUCUCAUAGUAAAUGCAAAUACUUGUGCAAUCAGUAACAAAAUGAGUCAACAAAUGAAGAUUUUGUGUGAAAUAUCAAGAUCAAUGGAAAGAACUCAUAUAAAUCAAAAUUAA